UCAGCCAUUUCGACAUAUUCAGACCUGCAACACCUAUCAAAAAUCGGCAUGGACUUUCCGGACAACCCAAUACUAGUGUAUAAAUGUAAUCAGGAUUCUCAAUUGUAUCAAGUAUGAGAAACAGUAGAAGAGGAAUUUCUAUCUCUAUUAUUAUUUUGUAUUGCUAUGUACAAUAAAGUAAAUCACGGUAUCUUUUUGGAAAUCGUCAAAGUAGAAAAUGCAUGAAUCGAAGAAUAUCUACAACAAUUGCCACGAGAAGUGGAACGAUAAAGUAAUUCGUGUAACGAAACGUAAAAAUUUGUCAUCGUAACCAGCGGCUAAAUAAGAAAAACAACCAGACAGAUCUCAUCGAGUUCCCUCAACCUAGACCUAAGAUUUUUCCUGAUGUAUGCGCAUUCCACGAUACGUGCAAUUUGCCAAACAGGGACGCAGUCGUAGAAUCGAAUGUCUGCGUUUCCCAUUUGAUAACCAUCUAUCCUUCUGAUUGCCACACGUUUCGUACGGUUCGGCGAGGGAGGUAGAUGGGAAGAAUCCGGUCAGGAUUACGCAAUCCUCCGAAAACCAAGAUUCGCACCGCGGAUGGACAAUGGUCCUGCCUUAAUUAAGCCUCGAUUGUCUAAUUAGCCGACGCGAGGAGCGUCGAGCCGCGAGGUGCUCUGUGUUAGACUGUCCCACGAGGUGAAGUAAUCAGCUUUCUCCAACUCUGGAAGAGACAGACGGGUUCCUCUCAUAAGCUAGACGGCCCCGAAAUCGCGCCUGCUCCACCGAACAAUGGGAAGUAAAGCGCGGGCUUUCACACACGCCUCGUGUUUCUAUGUGAACUAGAGUACGCGGACAAAUAGAGACGAACAGAGUGAGAAAGGGGAAAUCUAUUUUUCACAUUAAAGUUUCAGGUUUUGAAAAGAUUUUGGCGCGAGAACCGCGGACGGAAUUCGGAAAAGUCAGAUUAUGGAGUAUUUUUAACCGAACUUAACAUAAACGUAAACGAUUGGAUGUAAAGGCAAGCUAAAUGUUAUGGCUACUAAACUUCAAAUACGUAUGUAGACACUUUGUGAUAACCACCAGGUCGAGACAUCGGUAGACCGCGGAAGUUCAUGCAUUUAUAGGAAAUUUAAAUCUGCAAGAAACUACAAAAUGCAAACAAUAUGCAAGAAUAUAAAAAAGAUUGAAAGUAAAGCUCAUGUUAUGAUAUUUGCAGAAUAAAAUAAAUUCGCCAAGAUUUUAUUUUGCAUAAAGAUCCGCAGUCUAGACAUCGGUUACAGUCUAACGCUUAAACAUAGUAUUAGAAUAAGCCACUUGAAACUGUAUUUGCUAAAACGAUUUUUGUUUCCAAGUGUAGCAGCAAAUAAUGAUUGAAUUUAUUUCUCUCGCUAAACUUAAUUCCGUUCUCGGAAACGUCCCGUAAAAUAUUCUGCAAAACGAAGUGGCACCCCGCGGCGCUUCCAAUUCAGAGGCGUACGAAAUCUGAACGAUGUUCCGUAGGGAUCCACGAGGGAUCCUCCACCCUGCCUGUAGAUCCUUCUCCAUCCGACGGCGAAUCCGUGCCCGACAGGAAGUGAAUCUUUGUAGGCGUAGAGUGUGCUCUCUGUAUAUAAGCCAGGUAUGCGGCAAAACGUCACCAUAUUUCAGCAAUUCGUAGACAACGGUGCUCGGGUACUCGCUAUUGUUCCCAGUAUGGAUAAGACAGUGCGACAGUUAUGGCUAGUGUUGGUGGCGAGCAUAGGAAUGGUGCAUUGCGAGCCUCAGUUAAACACUCAAUACGGAGUUCCAGGGAAUUAUGCUGGCAAUAACAAUCAGGGUUCGCCAGGUGGCGGGAACAAUUUCGGCGACCACCAUCACUACGACAAUGGAAACGACAACGACUACGAUCAGCCGAUGUCGUACGAGUUCGGGUACGCGGUGAAGGACCAAGCGACCGGAAAUGAUUUUGGGAGACGAGAGACCAGCGAUGGCGAAACAGUAAGAGGGGAAUACCGAGUACAGCUACCGGAUGGCAGGACACAAAUAGUGACUUACACCGCCGAUUGGAGGACAGGCUUCCACGCAGACGUAAGGUACGAGGGCACUGCGAGCUAUCCAGAUCAGUACAACACGCAGAACAACGGCUACAACAACAACAACAGCAACAACAACAACAACAACAACAACCAGGGUGGCCAGUUCGGGCAACAGGGCAACAAUAAUGGCGGAGGUUACAACAAUGGAGGAAACAACGGAGGCUACAAUUACCAAGCCCCUGGUGGAAAUUUCAACAACGGUAACAACGCUUACAAACCCUUUAAUGGAAACUACAACAACGGAAACACCGGCAACAACUACCAACACUCCAACGGAAACAAUGGCAACAAUUAUCCGUUCAACACUAAUUCUUUGGACAGCAGCUACAACUUUGGCGCUAGAAACGGUUACAGCACGCGGGCUCCGUCGCCUACGUAUGGACCAGCUUUCCAUUGACUUUAGUACAAUUUCAAUUGCGCUAGGAUAAGAAACGUCCUGUAAGGCUAGCUCUUUUAUAAUAAAACAAUUUUUU